CCCGCCCAGUCACUGACUCUCGAGAAUCGGUCCCGAGUCAACCGCCUCGCUUCCUCGCUAGCAGCUCCGACGUUUCUGUCAUCUCUUCCGGGAGUGCAGGAACGGACAUCGACAUGCACGUGCACGAAACCCAAGUCACGCAAGUAUCUUCAACACAGUCAGUUCACGUCCCACCAAAGACGUGGACUGGUUAUGGGGGCUCCUCCAUGCACCCAGAACCCACUCCAGCGCAGAGAGCGACAGCGGCGCUUCUUGACGGCGUCGGCAUUUCGGAAAACGAGAGCGAUAUGCAGGCACCACUGGCGACGGAAACGUCGCCGGCGUUACUGAUCGGUCCGUCCUCGAUCAGCGCAAGCACCAGUCCCGGUGCCGUUGGCAGACGAGCAGCGAAGAGAACCGCCAGCGGUGCCGUUAAGACCGACGGUCAUCUUUACCGAGCACACAUCCCACUCGACACAACUUCUCGACGAUCACAUCAUACCCGCGGCGCGUCAACUAGCAGUGUGACGAGCGAGCUAUCCUCCAAACUCAAGACGAAUCUAUCCUAUGCUCUCCUCAAAGUACAGAACGGUUGGGAAUCGAGAUCAUUGGAAGACCUCGAAGAACAAGCUUCCCGCCAGGCCCUCAGCCUCUCCCCAGUACGCCGUCCCAUGUAUACCGCCCCGUCCAACCGCAGCAGUGAACCACCGCAUCACCCCUGGGCAUCACACGCGAGGAACCGGAGCAUUGCAACCCUGGCCAAACAGCAAUCGGCACCGGAAGCGCUCGCCGCCCUUGUCCCGUCGACUCCCAAAACCCGACCAACAUCCCGCCCCGGUUCCGGUGCCGCCCUAGCAACCCCGAGCACCCUCCCGGGAGGUCGACGUGCCCACGCACGCGUCCGAUCUCAGGGGCUCAACCACGUUGGACUGGAUGAAUACGCCUUCUCCCCAACAUAUGUCAGUCCUGCCACAUCGACGUUUCCUCGACCGUCAGCGUUGGGAGAUGAGACGGCGAGUGAGGGUUCCAACGAGGACGAGCGGCAACCGCAAGGCUACUCCCUAACACAGCGGACACCCAAACACGUCAAGACUGGCAGCGGCGUUCACUUUACCCCGACUCGGUCCACAGCGGCCGCGGGUCUCGGUCCUCAACUCAUGAGUCGGGGUUCGCCCAGACGAAAUACCAUCGGCAGCAGUCGCGGUUCCGCAAUGGGUGCAGCCAACAACACAGCCAUCUCCCAACCCGGGCCCACACCAGCUGGUGGUACACUCUACAUGCCUCAACGCAACGGUGCCUCGACCGGAACCGAGGAUGGGCUUGGACAGGCCGAGCAGGAUGCAUUGGAGACAUUGCUGUUCAUGCGAAGUCCGGGGAAUUCUCAGAACAUUGCAUCAAGGGCGUAAGGUUGGAAAGGGACGAUUUAUGGGGAAUGAAUAUGCACGAUGGUCGGUAGAUUGAAGGUUUAUACCAUGGUCUUGCUGGAGAAGUGUCCGUUUUGAAGCCUCACGAUCGUGGCUCGGCGUUGGAUCCGAAUGAUGAUAUGCGGGAAUAUACUGCAGGUGGCAAGUUGUUGAUUAGGGCAAUCAGACUUUCAGCUCCAUUUGCCUUAAUACUAGUCCUAUUUCUCCGAUUCUUCUCAUGAUAUAGUGAACUCACACCUCUCACAGUGUAGGACUAUAGGACUGUAGGUAGGGGUCGGGUAAACCCGGUUUGGGGCGGACUACGUCAUCGCGGGGAUUCCCAUUUCCCUCCUGUCAGCCUUGUGCCUUCCGCUUCCAAGUUCCUA